AACUUUCAGACCUGACAUUCACAUUGACAUUGAAUUAUAAUAAUAAAAAUUAUUAUCCAUAAAAAAAUAUUAUUAAAAACUUUGCCAUCAAUUCAUAAAUAAUUUCACACACCCACCCCUCUGAAAAAAUUAAUUGUUGUCCCCCCUGUCUCUCCCCAAUUAACAUUAUGUUAAGCACCGGGCGAUUUGUUUAUGUGCUAAGUCUGGAUGCGAACAGCGAUCGCCAGUCAACUCUCUUCCGAUGCAAUAAUAACGAUACGAUUCAAUUCAUCUAUGGAUCGACACUAUUGGGCCGUAAGAUAUCACUGUUUACCGACUACAGCAAAGAGUCGGCAAAUUUCAAGCGCAAUACUUACCAGAAACUGGUGUUUACCGAUGAGAUGACAACAAUCCGUUUUGAAACGUCCGGUUCGUUUCAUUUUUAUUACACCGAAACGGGAUGUGAUGUUGUUUGCGGACAGUUCUACAUUGUGGUCAAUCCGCAGCUCAAAGUGGGUUCGGGUGCUAACACACAACUACUGGACUUGAAUGCCAUUCAGUGUCAAACAGUACUGACCAAAAGUUUGGGCCAAUUUCCCACCUGGAAGUCGAAACUUGAGGUGUCACACAAAACCGGUUACAAUAUGAUACACUUUACGCCAAUCCAAGAACUGGGUGGUUCCAACUCGUCUUAUUCGUUGGCGGAUCAGCUCAAACUAAAUCCUAUAUUCAAUACCAAAGAAAAGGAGUGUCGUGUCGAAGAUGUACAACAAUUUAUUGAAUGGUUGCGUACAGAGUGGCAGAUAUUGUCGUUGACAGACAUUGUGUUGAACCAUACGGCCAACGAAUCGCCAUGGCUUCAGACACAUCCCGAAUGUGCAUUCAAUUGUUUCAACAGUCCAUGGCUUAGACCGGCCUAUCUGUUGGAUCGUAUUCUUUAUCGUAUGACUACCGAUAUAGUUGACGACCGCUGGAAGUCGAAAGGUUUGACCACCGAAGUUAACAGUGAAGAUCAUUUGAAUCUGAUUCGUAAAAUACUUCAUGAAGAAUACUUACCAAUUUUGAAUAUACAUGAACUGUAUUUAGUCGAUAUCGACACGACUUUAAAUGAAUUCAAAGAGUUUUUGAUCAAAUAUUGUAAGACUUCAAAACCUGAGAAACCACUGAAUGACGAAACUCUAAAACUGGAGAUUAUUGUCGACGAUAAGUAUCGACGAUUCAAAUCAACAAUAGAUCUCAAUAUUGCACUGAAGAUCGUCUUAAAUGAAGUCGAAUUCAAUGGAGAUAAUGAUCAAUGGAUUAAUUGGUCGACAGAUAACAUCCGACACAAAUUAACAAUACUUAACGAAGUGAUGACAAAUGAGAUAAGGCAUCACUUGUCGGAUGCCAUCGAGAAUGUCAUAAAAACGGCACGUUAUGAACGUAUUGAUAGUUGGGGUCCCAAACAUAAGAUAAUCUCUCUAAAGUGUCCACUUGUUUGUAACUAUUUUACUCAUAAAGGAUCUGAUAUGGAUCUGUUAGAUGAACAGAAGUUAGCUUUCGAUGACAACGAUUCAAAGUUUCUGAUGGCUCAUAACGGAUGGGUUAUGGGUGACGAUCCGCUCAGAAAUUUUGCUGAAAAAGGUUGCAAUGUCUAUAUUAGACGAGAACUGAUAGCAUGGGGUGAUUCAGUAAAACUGAACUACGGUUCGGGACCUCAAGAUUGUCCAUUUUUGUGGUCACAUAUGGAGAAGUACGUGACCCAAAUGGCCACUAUAUUUCAUGGCCUACGGCUAGACAAUUGUCACUCGACACCCAUACAUGUGGCUCAACAUCUCAUUGACAGUGCCCGUCGAGUCAAUCCUAAUCUCUACUUAAUCGCUGAACUGUUCACAGCUCACGAAGGCUUAGAUAAUAUAUUUGUCAAUAAAUUAGGAAUUAAUUCGCUUAUACGGGAAGGACUAUCGGCACACGAUUCUCACGAUUUGGGCCGUCAGGUCUAUCGUUUUGGUGGCGAACCUAUUGGUGCAUUUCCUCCAGAGCGUCUAAGUAGUGGACAAUCGGAAUUGUUGGUAUUACCGUUGCGGCCGAGUGUCUGUCACGCCAUAUUCUUCGAUGUCACUCACGAUAACGAAUCGCCAAUUAUCAAACGUUCGGCAUAUGACCCAUUGGCCUCAUCGGCAUUAGUCGCAAUGACAUUCUCGGCCAUUGGCUCCAAUCGAGGACACGACGAGUUAGUUCCGCACCACAUAAACGUUGUCCACGAAACCCGUGAAUAUAAAUCGUGGAAAGAAAAUCUGGAUUCUGACGAUAAAAUUAUUGCCAACAAUAGCCUGUCUAUGGAUUCGGCAAUAAUUAAAUCAAAACUCGCGUUUAAUAAACUUCACGAAUGGUUGGCAGUCAACGGCUAUAGUCAUCAGUUUGUCGAUCAGCGAGACUUUGAUACUGUUGCCGUCACCCGUCAUAAUCCUGAAACCCACGAAUCAGUAGUAUUGGUGGCCCGAACUGCUUUUCAUUGUCCAAAAGAUCCUAAAGCAUCACCUUAUUUGCCUCCACUGCGAAUCGAUGGUAUUAUUGAUAAACUGUUGUUUGAAACACAUAUGACGGGCGAACCGGAGAUCAACUUUGUUCAGCACAAAGAGUACAUCAAUGGUUACAGCGAAAUAAGAUCUGAUAUACGAACUGACUUAGCACUGGAUGACAGCAAACUAAUCAAAGCCAACAAAAUUGGUGACUCCUAUGAAAUUAUUUUCAAUUAUUUUCCACAAUCGGCUGUCAUUGCAUUCAAAGUAUCGCUUAGCGAUUAUCACAAGAAUGCAUUGGAAAAACUUCGUGUAUUUAGUAAACAAUUGGACGAUGAGUCCAGUGAUGUCAACACAAUUAUCUCAAAUCUAUCACUGAUUGAUCUGAAUUAUCUGCUAUUUCGCUGCAAUCACGAAGAACAUGAUGACACAAACGGUGGUGCCUAUAGUUUGCCUGUUUUCGGUCAAAUGAAUUACUGUGGAAUCGCUAGUAUUAUAUACUAUUUGAGACACAUUCGCACUCAUAAUGAUUUAGGACAUCCACUGUGCGGUAAUCUACGGGAUGGCAAUUGGCUUAUGGAUUAUAUUGUCGAUCGGUUAACAAAGAAUCCGAAUACAAAAUCAUUUGCCGAUUGGUUGGCCAAAGUGUUCACUUCAUUGUCACAAAUACCUCGAUAUUUGAUUCCUCGUUAUUUCGAUUCAAUCAUUACACGAAUCUAUACAUCAAUAUUGGAUCAAAUCUGGAACCAGUCGUCACCAUUUGUGCGAAAUGGCUCGCGAUUUGUACAACUAUUAGCUCUGGGAGGUGUGGCGAUGAUUGGUACAAAUAAAACAGCAGUUUUGCCGCCGCUUUCAUCUAAAAUUGUUGACGAGUCUCAAUUGUUGGCCACAAUAGCCGCUGGUUUACCACAUUUUAGUUCUGGAUAUAUGAGGUGUUGGGGUCGGGACACAUUCAUUGCUCUUAAGGGACUUCUCCUACUGACCGGCCGUUUCACUGAAGCAAAGCACAUAAUUCUUGGUUUUGCCGGAACUCUAAGACACGGUUUGAUACCAAACUUAUUGGACGGCGGAAGGAAUUCCCGAUACAAUGCCAGAGAUGCUGUUUGGUGGUGGCUUCAGGCCGUUAAAGACUAUUGUCUUAUUGCUCCAAACGGUUUGGAACUGUUGUCGCAAUCGGUUCGUCGACUAUACCCGACAGACGACUCGCCGGCUCUGUUGGCUUCCAGUGAAAUAGUCGAGGAACCACUGUAUAAGACAGUCCAAGAAGCAUUACAACGACAUUACGAUGGCAUUGAUUUUGUUGAACGAAAUGCUGGCAAACAAAUUGAUGAACACAUGACUGCCGAAGGAUUUCAUAUCAAAGUUGGUGUUUCUCGUGAGACUGGUUUUGUCUACGGUGGCAACCGAUUCAAUUGCGGUACUUGGAUGGAUAAAAUGGGAUCAUCGGCUAAAGCCGAAAAUAAAGGAUUGCCCAGUACUCCACGCGAUGGAUCAGCUAUCGAGUUGAUUGGUCUAAGCAAAUCGGUAGUCACUUAUUUGGCUGAUCUUAGCGAUGAUAAUAAAUACCCGUUCAAAGGAGUCAACGAAAGUGAUGGCACAGUGUUUACCUUCAGAGAAUGGGGUCUCAAAAUUGAGGCUAACUUUGAAAAACAUCUCUAUAUAUCGGCCGAUACUGAGCAACAGUAUGUUAAUCGACAACAUAUUUAUAAGGAUACGUUUGGGGCCAGUAUUCCGUGGAUGGAUUUUCAGCUCAGACCUAACUGUUUGGUUGCAAUGGUUGUGGCACCGGAAUUGUUUGACAAGAAUCACGCUAUAGAAGCGCUCAAAAUUGUCAGACAAGAAUUGGUCGGACCGUUAGGCAUCAAAACCCUUGAUCCCAGAGAUCUGAAAUAUAAUGGUGUUUAUGACAAUAGUAACGAUUCGCACAAUAAAGACUUAGCACAUGGAGCUAACUAUCACAAUGGACCGGAGUGGUUGUGGCCAACCGGUUAUUAUUUGGAAGCAUUAUUGAAAUUCAAUGAUAAUUAUACUGAAACUGUUGCCUACAUCGAGAGCUUAUUAUCUAAUCACUUCCAGCACAUUGAGUCAAGCGAUUGGUUUGGUUUGCCUGAGCUGACCAAUACCGAUGGCAAACACUGUCCGCACAGUUGUCCGAUACAGGCGUGGAGUCAUUCGACUAUUCUACAAGUGUUACACUCUAUUCAUUCAAAAUAGAUCUUAGAUUUAAUCAUUUGUUUUGUUUGUUUGUUUUUAUUAGUUUUAUUAUAAAUUCAUAA